AAGGGAGAGGUCCACGCCGUGUUAGAAGAACAAGAGUGUGCUAAUGGACAUUGCCCCAGCCAGCAAACCAGAGAAAGCGUCCCUCCUGCGGAAGUAAAAUGCGCUGGGGGGACUCAAGGCAGCAGAAGACGCAGGGCUGGAGGACCCAGGGACCCAGUGGGUGGGGCUGGGGAGUCAAGCCGAAAGCAGGAGGCUGGAUAAACGUCUGAGUGGAGAGCAGUGAGACGUCUGGACCCCCCUCAACCCUGCACGGACACUCGCCCCAGCCCAAGCUGGAAGGAGGAGAAAGCGGCUCCGCGCUUGGAGGUGGCGGCUCGGAGCCGAGGCAAGACGGGACUUCACGUGGAAGCCGCACGCCCAAAGUUUCGAAAGGAGUGGACUCUCUUCUCACUGAUGCCCUGGACCAGCCCUGAGACAGGCGGAGAUGGAGGCAAGUUUCAGGCUCAGGACCUGUGUCACCCCCAGGAUAGUCUCUGCUGAGAUGUGACGGCUCCCCCUUCCAAUUCUGGGUCAGGAUUCCCACCCUCAUGGGAGGCUGUGUUUGGGAGGGUGGAGCCUGGACUUGAGAAGAAGAGGUGUCUCUAACCAACUUCCGUAGACCGACAGACUGGGCAUCUGCUGAUCACAAGACCAAAGUACCGGCCAAAGGUCCUCAGAGGUUCGGCUCUUGCAGGCACAUGAGAAUCACUGCAAACCCUCCAUCCACAAACCCUAAGGAGGAAGACUGACAGGUCAGAGAGACACAGGGAAGCGUGGGCUCCCCUACUUAAGAGCCAGACCUGGGGCCAGAUCCUGAUUCGGGGGAUGCUGUGUGACCCCCCCUCAGCAGGAGGCUGGAUUUAGUGGCGUUGCCAUAGCAACUGUGGCGCUGCGAGGGGAUGACCCUAGACCUGUCUGGGGGACAGGAGUCUCCACCCUGGACACGGCUGGGGAUCCGCUUGGAGGAAGAACAGAACUUCCCCUCUGCUCUAGAAGGCUGAUGCGUGGACCCCGGGGGCUCCUGGGAGAAGCGGGGCGUGCAGCUGGAAGCCACGCUGUGCUGAGGACUUUGCCCUGAAGCCUGAAGGUCCCAGCAUGAGCCACUGGCCAGUGUCAAACUGGACCGCCCCGCAAGAGUUUGUAAUCCUGGGCUUCUCUGGGUGGCCCCAGGGGCUCCGGGUGCUGCUGUUUGCCCUCCUCCUGCCACUCUAUCUGGCCACGCUGGCCGGAAACCUGCUCAUCCUGGGCCUGGCCGUGGCGGACGCCGCCCUGCACACACCCAUGUACUUCUUUCUGGGGGCCCUGUCGGCCGUGGAGGUGGCCUACACACUGGUGCUGACCCCGCGCAUGCUGGCCGGCUUCCUCCUGCCCCCCGGGGGCCAGGCGGUGUUGCCCUCCACCUGUGCUGCCCAGAUGGGCCUCUUCGUGGCUCUGGGGGGCUCCGAGUGCCUGCUGCUGGCUGCCAUGGCCCUGGACCGCUACCUGGCCAUCUGCCGCCCCCUGUAUUACCCUCAGCUCAUGACCGCAGGGCUCUGCUGGUGCCUCCUCGCCUGCUGCUGUGUGGGCGGCUCCCUCCUGGCCCUAGGCCUCACCACGGCCAUCUUCCAGCUGCCCUUCUGCCGUGGGGGCCUCGUCAACCACGUGUUCUGUGACCUGCCAGCGGUGUUGGUGCUGGCCUGCGGGAACCGGGACCUGCAGGAGCACGUCCUGCUGGCAGCCUGCCUGCUGCUGCUGGUACUGCCUCUGGCCCUGAUCCUGCUGUCCUACACCAGGGUGCUGGGGGUCGUUCUUGGGGUCGGUGGGGCCUCGGGCCGCCGCAAGGCCUUCCACACGGUGGCGUCCCAUCUCACUGUGGCCGUGCUGCACUAUGGCUGCGCCACGGCCAUGUACGCCAGGCCGCUGAGCAGCCGCUCCCUGGAGGAGGACAAGCUGGUCUCGCUCAUCUACCUCAACCUCACGCCUCUGCUCUACCCGGCCAUCUACACGCUGCGGAACCGCGACAUGCAGGGCGCGCUGCAGCGGCUGGCCAGCCCCAGGACACCAGGCACUGUCCCCCAGGCCGACGGCCCCUAAUUCUGAAAUCUCCUCCGUGGAUGGGAAGCUCACAUUCCAGAACUAUCUGUGACUCCUCAAGGCCUACUGGACACAACCUGGGGGUAGCAGCAGACAAGGACUCCAAAGUCGGACUCCAGCCUGGUUCUUCUGCUUCUACUGACGUUUUGAGCUGGACAGUUCUCUGUGACGGGGGGCCAUCCUGUGCGUUGUGAGGUAUGAGCUGCAUCUCUUGUCUCUAUCAACUCUAUGCCAGAAGCACACACCACUCCCCACCCAGGGGGGAUGAUCAAAAAGUCAGACAUUGGCCAGACAUCCACAGGAGCAAAAUCACCUCUAGCUGAUAACCACUGCUCUAAACUGUAGCCACACAGUAUCUUUUGAAGAGAAGUGAGUACUACUGCACAAGAAGUCUACGGCAACACUGUUUAUAAUAAAUAAAAACUGAAAGUAAUUCAAUGUUCAUGAACAUAGACACAAACAAUGUGUGUGGCAAAGUCGUGUACGGGAAUACUACACUGCAAUGAAAAAGGAUGAACUACUGGAGCUCCCACUGUGGCUCAGCAGUAAUGAACCCGACUAGUAUC